AAUAUAUUUUUAGCACUAUAAUAAUCAUAACCUAAAAUCUGUUUUCAAAUAGCAUAAUAACAAAAAAAAUGUAUUUAAUUUGAAUCGCUCAACAUUGAACCAAACAGCUUAUUUCUGGUGAAAAUGGAUGACUCAGAUUGCUGUGAUAUCUCUGAAUUUCUCUCGAUAAUGAUAAAGGAAGAGCCGUAUUUUGACCCAAACAUUAAAAUCAAAAAUGAGAAAGAAGCAUCGGUUAGUGAAACAGAAACAGCUCAUCGUUCAUUUCCUACAGAUGAUUGGUCAAAAUUCGAAGAAAAUUCAGCAAGUUGUGAAGCCUACUUAAUGAACGGAAAGGAGCGCUUAUAUUCAGCUAAACCAUGCCUUACCUCACUGGAUAGUUCGACUAAAGUUGAAAGGCCAUUUAAAUGCAGAGACUGUGAAUAUAGAGCAAAGCGAAACGAUACCUUAAGAAGUCAUGUGAAGGCAGUCCAUUUAAAGUUGAAACCUUAUCAUUGCAGUUUAUGCGCCUAUAGAGCCGCACGGAAACGUAGGCUAGAAGAACAUGUCCAAGUCAUUCAUUUUAGCGAGAAGACUCUCAUGUGCCCGGAGUGUGAAUACACUGCGGUAUUACCCGAAGCAAUCCGAAAACACGUAAAAUUUGUACAUAUGAAGCUGAGGCCACAUCAAUGCCCCGUGUGUGAUUACAAGGCUGCUCUCCCGUCAGCCUUGAGGAUCCAUCUCAAAGUGAUCCAUUUAAAGGAAAACGAUGAAUACCCUGACUUUGGUUAUAAAGAUGAGCAUCUUCGUGACCGUACGUAUCUAAAUCAAGGAUAAGGCCUUCACAGAAGUGACUUGAUACGCUUCCAUGGUCAGGAGACAAAGUUUGUUUAACGGUCCAAUACACCUUUUGGAUCUUUAGGCUUCAUUCAGUCCUUUUUACUGCUUCAAUUUGUUGAACAGCACACAGCAACUAUAUUGUCCGGUCCAAGAAAUAACUACCUAUUGCCUCUACGUAACUACUAUAGAUCUCUUUGCCUGCAUAGUACUGUGUCUUGAAUUACCUACAUUGUCCCAAUUUCAAAAUCAUUUAAUAAAGUUGUUCUGGAAUC